UGGUAUUUCUGUACUGCAGAGAUGAGCUCUGUGGCGACAGACAAGGUUGCAGGCAAGCUGAGCUCCACUCUCUCAUGGGUGAAGAACACGGUGUCGCACACCGUCAGUCAAAUGGCCAGCCAGGUGGCGAGUCCAUCUGCCUCCCUCCACACCACAUCCCCCUCCACCACUCUGUCCACACCUGCCCUCUCACCAUCCUCACCGACACAGCUCAGCCCCGACGACUUGGAAUUACUGGCUAAACUUGAGGAGCAGAACAGACUCUUGGAAACAGAUAGCAAAUCCUUACGAUCAGUAAAUGGGUCAAGAAGAAAUAGUGGAUCUUCCCUUGUAUCUAGUUCAUCAGCUUCUAGCAAUCUCAGCCAUCUUGAAGAAGACUCGUGGAUCCUGUGGGGGCGGAUUGUGAAUGAAUGGGAAGAUGUACGGAAAAAGAAAGAAAAGCAAGUUAAGGAGCUGGUUCGAAAAGGGAUACCUCAUCACUUCAGAGCAAUUGUUUGGCAACUUUUAUGCAGUGCUCAAAGCAUGCCAAUUAAGGAUCAGUAUUCAGAGCUUUUAAAAAUGACAUCUCCUUGUGAAAAAUUAAUAAGAAGGGACAUUGCUAGAACAUACCCUGAGCAUGAUUUUUUCAAAGAAAAAGAUAGCCUUGGGCAGGAGGUCUUGUUCAACGUAAUGAAGGCUUACUCUUUGGUGGAUCGUGAGGUUGGAUACUGUCAAGGAAGCGCUUUUAUAGUUGGAUUACUGCUUAUGCAGAUGCCAGAAGAAGAGGCAUUCUGUGUGUUUGUUAAAUUAAUGCAAGAUUACAGACUACGAGAACUCUUUAAACCAAGCAUGGCUGAACUGGGCCUUUGUAUGUACCAGUUUGAAUGCAUGAUACAGGAACAUCUUCCAGAGCUUUAUGUGCACUUUCAGUCUCAAAGUUUUCACACUUCUAUGUAUGCAUCAUCAUGGUUUUUAACUAUAUUCCUUACAACUUUUCCACUACCAAUUGCAACGAGAAUAUUUGAUAUCUUUAUGUCUGAGGGUUUAGAGAUAGUAUUUAGAGUAGGUUUAGCAUUACUUCAGAUGAACCAGGCAGAAUUACUGCAACUUGACAUGGAAGGAAUGUUACAGCACUUUCAAAAGGUCAUUCCACAUCAGUUUGACAGUGGUCCAGACAAAUUAAUCCAAGCAUCUUACCAAGUCAAAUACAAUGCAAAAAAGAUGAAAAAGCUAGAAAAAGAGUACACUACAAUAAAGACAAAAGAAAUGGAAGAACAAGUUGAAAUUAAAAGGUUACGAACUGAAAACAGACUCCUGAAACAGCGCAUUGAAACACUAGAAAAAGAAAGUGCUUCCUUGGCAGAUAGAUUGAUACAGGGACAAGUGACAAGGGCCCAGGAGGCUGAGGAAAACUACCUCAUAAAACGGGAGCUGGCCACCAUCAAACAGCAGAGUGAUGAGGCCAAUACUAAACUGGAGCAAGCUGAGAAUACCAUCAGGGAGCUCCAGCAGCAGCAGCAAUGGCAUAAAUGCAGUUCACGAUACAGUGAAGACUUUGUGCUACAGCUGGAAAAAGAGCUGGUCCAAGCCAGGCUGAGUGAAGCAGAAUCCCAUUGUGCCCUGAAGGAGAUGCAAGAUAAAGUUCUAGAGAUGGAAAAGAGGAACAGUUCCCUUCCUGAUGAGGAAAAUGUUGCCAGACUACAAGAAGAACUGAUUGCAGUAAAAUUAAGAGAAGCAGAAUCUUUGAUGGGUCUCAAAGAACUAAGACAGCAAGUCAAAGAUUUGGAGGAACACUGGCAGCGUCACCUAGCUCGUACCACUGGAAGAUGGAAAGAUCCUCCCAAAAAAAAUGCAGUGAAUGAGCUCCAGGAUGAGCUGAUGACAGUGCGCUUGAGAGAAGCAGAAACCCAGGCUGAGCUGAAAGAGACCAAGCAAAGAAUGAUGGAGGUGGAGACACAGAACCAGAUCAAUAGCAAUCACUUACGAAGGGCAGAGCAGGAGGUUACCAACCUACAGGAGAAGGUGCAGUAUCUUUCUGCACAGAACAAAGGACUCCUGGCUCAGUUGAAUGAAGCAAAACGUAGACAAGCAGAGAUUGAAUGCAAGAGUAAAGAAGAAGUGAUGGCAGUACGGCUCCGUGAGGCAGACCGCAUCGCAGCUGUGGCAGAACUCCAGCAGCACAUUGCUGAACUAGAAAUCCAGAAAGAAGAAGGAAAAAUUCAAGGGCAGCUUAAUAAAUCUGAUUCUAACCAGUACAUCAGAGAGCUGAAAGAUCAGAUAGCUGAGCUGCAUCAUGAGUCAGCAUCAGGUAAGAAAGUUUAUUUUAAGGUUCAAGGAUCUGAUUGUUAGCCUUUUUUCAGCUCUUCUGUAUUUGUGGAAGUACACUGUUACCUGUUAAGAGUAUGUACAGUUUUUUCAUAUUUUGCCCAGUAGACAUAACAGUUUGUCUUUCAAAUGCUGAAUUCUUUAGACACAAGAAGAUAUAUAAAUGUGCACAUUAUUAAAAUUUUGUUGUUGAUUCAGCUGGCUUUUGAAGGGAUAAUGAUGACAUAUUUUUUGAUCACAUAAUGUUAUUAACCUUUUGAAAUUUGCUAAAGACCUUGUGAAUGUGUUGUAGUAAAAACUAACUGGGUUGAAGUUGCAGUCAUCUAGACAAUAUGACCUGGAUUUGAGAAUUAAAAGCAAAACACAUGGGGUUUACCAGACCUGGUUUUUUAUUGGUUGUUGUUUUUCUUUUUUUUCUUUAGAGAUCAGAUUUGAGAUUCUUGCAAACUGAAGCAGUAAAAAACAGGUUCCUUUAAAUGUUACUUGUUGGAGUGACAGAGAUCAAGUUCCCUUCACAUGAAGGAAGGCCAGACCCAAAACUGAAAGCCUUUAACCAAUAUCGACUGUAUAAAAGAGAAGAGAAACUGAGAGACCCUGGGGUGCAGGUCCACACUUUGUUAAACAUGGCUGUAGUUCCUUAAGGGAUAGGUAUAGAGUAGAACUAGGCUGUGGGGGGAGUGUUUGAGUUGGAUCCACACAUCCUGCAUUCCAAGCUCUUAGUUGGAUUCCCCAUUGUCUCAAUAUGCUUGGCUAGAUGAGUGGCAAGAUCUUCGCCUAAUGCUUUCGUUCCUACCUUAAGCUCUUUUCCCAUGUUCGAAUAAGACACUGACAACAAGAAUCUCAAGUCUGUCUUAAAGAGCUGACCAAUUAGUUUCAGUGUGGAUAAGCUGGUUGUUCACUUAUUGCAAAAUCUAAGCCAUACCUACACAAUGGCAAACAUAGAAGUGGUAGUUACAAAUCAGGAAAGAUGUUUUCAGUUGGUAUUGAGUCCUCUGACACUGGCUUAGCACGCAGCACCAGCCAAACCAGACAAGGCAACAUUGGGCAUUAAUAGGAAGUAUAUUAAAAACCAAAUAAAGGGAGUUGUAUUGCCACUUGGCAUCUGGAUGGAUGUAGAGAAUUUAAAGAAGGUCUGUAGGAAAGUUAAAGGGAACUGAAUGAUAGUUGUCUUGAUUAACACCUGUUUAUGAGAAGCUAAAGUGGAUUGGGACGCAUCUGUUCUAGAGAGAAAACUCUAUGAUUAAAGUUUCAGAAUAAUGACCACGGAACUGCUUUUCACCAUUUGUUCCUGCAUUAUUAGAGUCUGGGGGCACUUACUAAAAUAAGUAGAUUAAUUUAUAACAAAAAAAGGAAUUUCUGGAAUUUGCUGCCACAGGAGAUGUGGAGGUAGACAGCAAAUUUAUGAUCAGUCAGAGACAGCUGAUCUCUAAAUGUACGCCAGAGCAGCUAGAAAGGGAUUUCACUCCUAUUUGCUACAACAGCUUCUGGCAAGUGAAUGGAGGCUUGGUAAUGUGAACGUCCUGCUGUCACUGUUGGAGACACCAUAUUGGGCUGAUGGACCAUUGCCCUGAGCCAAUAGUACAGUAAAGUUCCUCCCUUGAAAAAAGAUACUGCUUUUUCUUUUAGAGGUGUAGAGCCUCACUUGCUAGACUGUAAAAUUAUAUGAGAGUACAAAACUUAAUUUUAGGAAACUUCAAUUGUAGAGCUUUAUGCUGCAUUAUCCGCUUUUAUUUAAUUGCAUUGGAGUGCAGGCUGUCUGCAAAUUGUUUCAAAUAUUCUGAGAAGCCACACUAAGCAUUCCUGUUGCAGUAAAAAUUCCAAAUAAUCAAGCUCCUUCAGAAAUGCUCCUGAACAAAUAUUAGGUUGAAGGGGCGCUGAACAAUUUUCAGCUAUGACAGUACACUUGCCCCUGUCAGUGCAGCCUAGCAGGCUGUUACCUUCCUCGCUGCCCAGGGAUGGUGUGGGUUUGAGUUUGCCUUCCUUGUGUCAGGCCCCAUUGUCCUCUUCAGCAGUGCUGCUCUCCAGCCUGCUGAUCCUCAGAAUACAAGCAAGGUCUAUGGCACAGUGUUCUGGCUGAGGUGGCCAUUUCUGGAGCAGACAGAAAUUCUGGAGCUCUGUGCCCAUUGAUAAAUGUGUAGUGUGUAGUCUCUGCAGUGUGUUAUGUUUCUUCACAGCGAUCUGUUUCCCCUUACAUGUGAGGAGUGCUUAAGAAAAAAGGCAGCCAAGUGUAAAGCUGCAGAUCAAAAGUGUUUCUGGAAAGUCAGAGAUUUGUUAUUCUAACAAAAGGAUGCACAAAGAUAACACAGUGUUUUCUGAGCCUCCCUUUAGGAACUGGCAAAGGCUGUGUCUAUUCGUGAUUAUCUUCACCACCAGCAUUUUCCACAGACUGCCAUUUGGAACAGUUGCUGCCUAAACUGUGAAACCAUGAUUUUGUCAUGUUACCUAAAUAACUUCAUCUAAAGGUAUCAUGUUUAAGUCUUCACAAAAACAGUUGAGGUCAUUGGCUUGGCUGAGUGUUCCAAACAACUAACAUUGAGUAUCAGCUUUAUAAUUUCAGGUGAACCAAGAGCUUAACUGUACAGACCUAAAAGCAUAUAAUUUCUUUCUCUAAUAUGAAGUUCGUAGUCACUUGUACAGCAGUUCUUUUUUUUCCUGUGGUAAGGGUGGAGAGAAAUUGUUGGGUUUCUGUGUUUUAUUUUCCUAGUGACUAAAAUUGAUACCUGUUUUGGAAAAUUCAUGUGAUAGCUAAUCUGAUCAUAUUGCAGGAUAUUUUCAGGAAUAAUAUUUCUAAAUAACACAAGAAUUUCUGUACCAGGCUUUCUGCAUCUAGAUAUAUAAGCUAGUAAAAAUUAUCUAUUCCAGAUAUAUUUAUAUUUGAUAUAAGCUGGUUUUGCUUGCAUCAUGAGUUAUGCUGUACAAGUGUGGAGCUCUAUUUUUCUUGUCUUUAUACAAAAUCCUCAUGAAACAACUGCAGCCUAUGUGUAUGUGAAGAAAAUGCAAAAAACUAAUGUUAGUAUGCACAGUAACCACAAAGGUUUAGAUCUACAUCAUGUUCCCGUAUUCCUAACAGGGAUUUUUUACUAUAACAUCAAAAGUUGGAGUUUUUACGUGCUAACGUGCAAUUUCAUGGCUUCUAGCAUGAUUAUGACUCUUGUGAUCUUUUUUCAACUCCUUUUUUAUUCUCAUCUUCUGCACAAGCUCAUGGUAAGUACAGAGAUGUCUUCUUCCCCAAACAGACAGGUAAAAAUCUCCUAUUGGUGUCAAUACCAAGGACAUACAAGCACUUCUUACUUAUCAAAGUGAAUAUUGCCUCAGAUUUCUGAAACAUCAAACAGAUUUUGGUAAAGAAAUGCUUCAGCAUUUUAUUCCUUCUAUUCUCCAGGUCUCUUGCUGUAAAAAGCCGCUUCCAAAUUAGCACUAGGUGCAUCUUUUAAGCUUUUAGAGUGACAUCAGGAAGGCUCUAUAAUCUGUUUUUAAUAUUUAUCUGCAUCCUCAGGAUUUUUUAGCUUAAUAUCUGACUGUCAAACUGAUCCUGAGGUAUCUUCUACUAAAAGCUAACAAAAAUUAAAUUCUAGAUCAAGCAAACCAAAACACCACAAAAACAAUCAACCUCCAGAAUGUCUUCCAUGAAUUGCAGUUAUUUUUCAUUAAAUUAAUAGGAGACUUGCCAAACUUUAGUGCUUUGGGUCUUAGUUUUGAAUAGUUUGAAUGCAUGGUUGAAAUUGUCUAUCACUCUGCAGCACAUUGAAUUAAAAUAUUAUCUGUCUGUGGUCAGGUAACAAUUUCUGUCUUGUUUGACAUUCUCUUAAAAUUGCAACUACAAUCUCUUUAUGCUGUACAGAGAUGUUUCUCUCAUACUAUUUGAUGCGAAAUGUCAUAGGAUCUGAAUUAGAUAAUUAAGAUACUUAAUGUUACAAUGUAGACUGAACUAAACAUCCUCUUGGGGAUUUUUUUCUGUGACUCUGAGAAGCUGGCAGUAUUUACUUGGGAGCCCGUUCAUUGAAGGGGGUGCUUUCUCAAGUAAGAAAUCAGGCAGUAUGAGAUAGAAUGGAGCUAUAAAGUAAAAUGUUAAGGACAAAAGUGCUGUUGAAACAAAUAGGCCGCUCUAGAAGACAGAAGCCAUCCUUGUGGGGAUAUUAAAGAUGCAGUAAAAGCAGAAUCUCUCAUUACUGAUUCUAGGUACCUUGAUUAUUAAGCCUUAGAACUGAAAUACUUGAAGUGAUCAUCAAAUGUGCUACUUUCUGGUCUUUCAUUUUAUCCAGUAAGAGUUCAAUGAGGCAUUUCUUGAUAAUACACUUGGUUUUUUCGUUUGGUUUUUGUUGUUUGGGUUUUUUAUUGCUGGACUCUUGAGCUGUGAUUAACUGUCAACUUCGACUUUU